UUGGCCGGAAAAUUUUCAGUCUCAGGAACUUUGGAAUAUAGCUUCUGGUCACUUGAUUCCGCAGUGAAUUAUUAUUUGGAUAUUUUCUCCAGAAAAUUGAAGUUUCCGGGAAAAUCACGCCGCUCUCACUCUCUGAAUUCCGAAAAGGUUAAAAUCGCCGAUUGAAAAAGCGAAACAAAGCCUCGCGCGAUCGUGGCGUUCUCGAUGCAAUCGGAAUCGCUAACGGAGAAGGUUUUGGUGCUCGCGGAGGAAGCGAAGGAGGAGGAGGAGGAGGAAGGAGGAAACGAUAGCUUAGGGUUUGGUUCCCGAUGAUUCCUCCUCGACGGAAGAAAUGGACCGAGGCGGAGGAGAAAACCCUAAUCGACAAGUACGGCGAGAUGGUGGCGGACGGUUCGCUCGCGAAGAUGCGCACUCGUGAGAAGAAGUUCAAGCCGAUCGCGUGUCACGUGAAUUCCGUGCACCACGUGCGCGACCCCGUGGCGUUCCCUUGGCAGUGGAGUUGGAAGGACGUUUCCACCAAGGUGCAGAAUAUGCGCCACCAGUAUCUGCUGGUGAAGCAGAAGAUCAAGAGGCCUGAGUUUUCGGGUUCCGGAGGAGGGGAUUGUGAUGGGAGUGAGUUUGAUUGGGUGGAGGGACUUACUCAUUGGUCUAACUUUCUUAGGUAUAAGGAUGUGUUUGGGGAUGUUGCGCUUGUUGUGGGUGGUCAUGGUGGUAAUGAGUUGAUGGGGAUUGGGGAUGGGGAUGGUGAUGUGGAUGGAGAUCGCGAUGGGGAUCAUGGGGAUGGGUUUCUUGCCGGUGGCGGGGGGAUGGAUAUGGUUGAGUUUGGGCAGAUGGGUCAUUCCGGAGAUGGGGAUUUUGGGGCUGCUAUGGAUGGGGUUGACAAUGAGGUGAUGGGGUUGGGGUUUGAGUAUGAGCAUGAGGCUGAGGAAGGGGAGGUGAAUUACAAUGGGGGUGGUCGGGUGAGGGAGGAUGCGGCGGAGAACGGUUUUGUGUUUGAGGAGGAAGGGGAGGUGACAGGGUUGAGUUUGAAGAAGAAGAGGAAGGUGGUGAAGGGGAUGGAGAAGAAGGCGUGGAGGAUUCUCGCCAACCAGCUCGGGCAGUUGAGGGAAAUGGAGGCGCGAUUUGAGCAGCGAGAGGUGGAGAGGGAGCGUGAGAGGCAGAGGAGGGAGAAUUUGCGGGUGGAGCUUGAUAAGCAGUGGGAGAAGAAACUGGAGGAGAGGGAGAAGGAGAGGGAGGAGCGGGAGAAGGAGAGGGAGAAGCUGAGGAGGCAGAGGAUGGCCGAGUGGGAAGCUAUGGAGAAGGAAAACGAAGAGAUGGAAAGGAAAAAGAGAGAGGAAGAGCUGAUGCAUGAGAGGGAAUGGGAGGAGAGGAUGAAUUGCAGGAGGUUAGAAUGGAAGAAGAGAGUUGACGAGAUGCUAAGCCAGCACCGAGCAGAGAUGGGCCAGAUGCAGACUCGUUUUCUUCAUGAGCAACAGAAUCUUACUAGCCAAUUGCUUGGUAUUUUCUCGCAGUGGCCUGCCCAACCCGCUGGCCUAUCUGAUCAUACUAGUGCUAGCAACCAUUAUCUUUCACAAAUGAUGCAAAAUUUGCAUCACGUAAAUGGUAUUGUUCACGGGGACACUAGGGUUGAGGGAGAUAAUCAAGAGGAUCAAUUCAUUGUUGACGGAUGAUGUAUCUCUGCCAUUUUGUGUGUUGUGCUGAGGAGUCCAGGAACAUUUCUGUUACAAGAAGUGGCGAAAAGUGCACAUAACUGUUGAAUGCAUUUUUAAUUGUACUUUCUUCAAUUAGGUAUGAUUGUAUACUGUGUCUAGUUAUAAUAUUUUAGUGUAACUAAUUGAUAUAAAUAAUGCUUUUUGUUCCUUGCUUUCGUCUGUACUGAACUAUGAAGCUGUGAGUGUAAAGGUCACAUUUUUUGUCCAAUACAUGUUUUAAUGUUUCUAUUCAAA